AUGAAUGGUUGGCUGCAGGAAGAUAGUAGUCAAUGGCCUCCAGAAUUUUCUCCAGAAGAACAGCCUGCGCCUUCAGUUUGUACUGCAGUGCUUGAUUCUAGGACUGAUCCAAAUGCCAUCUAUAAUCAUCUCAUAGAGCAUUGCAGUUCAUUCAUCAAAGCCACCAGAGUUGUUGCAUGGGUUUCCAGAGCAGCAACCAAGUUCAAGCAACCACGAAGAAGAGUCACAAGAAGUUCUGCAAAUGCAGAUGAGUCUUUUCCAUUUCUGACGGUGACAGAAUUACAAGUGGCUGAAAAAUUCCUGAUCAAGUGGGAACAAGAGAACCAUUUGAAGACAACCUUAGAGAAAAUCCAGUCGAAUCGCAGAAACAAGGUUGAUAGAUACCUGCGAACACUUUACCCUUUUGUGGACAUUGAUGGCAUUUUGCGAGUUGGGGGAAGAAUUGAUUCCGCUCAUGAGAAUUAUGAUGCCAAAUUCCAAAUCAUUCUCCCUCACGGGAAACUGGCCGAGUGGAUUGCUGAAGCAGAGCAUGUGAGACUCCUUCACUCUGGACCUCAGGAAACUCUUUCAUCAAUUCGAAGAAGAUUCUGGCCUGUCAAGGGGAGAAGUUUGGUUCGAAGGGAAGUGCACAAAUGUGUAGUUUGUAUUCGAGCGAAACCGAAGAUGUCAGAACAACUGAUGGGAUCUCUUCCAGAGUACAGAGUUACUCUCACUAGACCCUUUUUGCACACAGGAGUUGACUUGACUGGCCAUGUUUUAAUCAAAAGAGCCCCAAGAGGAUCUGCACAAGAAAAAGGCUAUGUUUGCAUAUUCAUAUGCAUGUGCACAAAAGCUGUUCAUUUGGAGGUUCUCACCUCGCUUUCAACGAAGGCUUUUAUCAGUGCAUUUCGAAGGUUUAUUGCGAGACGUGGCAUGCCAUCACACAUGCACAGCGACAAUGGCACCAAUUUUGUGGGGGCAUCGAAAGAACUCUAUCAGCUUCUGAAAGAACAUGCCACUCAGCAAGAAUUGUCUGAUUUGUCAUCAAGUCUUCACAUUCAAUGGCUGUUCAACCCUCCUCUAGCUCCCCACCAAGGCGGAUUAUGGGAAGCCGCAGUGAGAAGUUUUAAGCAUCAUUUCGUGCGAGUGGUAGGGCGAGCAAUAUUGACGUAUGAGGAACUAAAUACUGUUGUGAUACAGAUUGAGGCAGUGUUAAACAGCAGGCCACUGGUGGCAGUGACUGAUCAUCCAGGAGACUACAAAUGUCUUACCCCUGGAGAUUUUUUGAUUGGCCAUGCUCCAACCCAAUUGCCAAUCGGGCCAAAUGAUCCUGAACAAAUAGACACUUUGAGGCGUUGGCAACUUUGCACCAAACUGAGGAAUGAUUUUGUGCGACGUUGGAAAGUCGAGUACUUACAUUCGUUACAACAACGCCAUUUAUGGAACCAAGAGAGCCCCAACAUUGCCAUAGGAGAUGUAGUAUUGCUAAAGUCGGAGUCUGCAGCAAAUGUUGAGUGGCCUAUGGGCCUUGUCGAAAGUGUACUACCAGGAAGGGAUCAGAAAGUUAGGGUGGUGGUGGUAAGAGUGAAUGGCAAAUCCUUGAAACGACCUAUUACGAAGUUAGUGAAACUUUUAAUCGAAGAAAAGCAAUAA